AUGCUCUACUCCGAAGAAGACAAGCUCAUCUUCCGCUUCGACGACCACAUCCUCUGGAUCCAACCAUGGGGCGAGAACGCCUUCCGCGUGCGUGCAACGCGACAAGCCUCAAUGCCCGCAGAAGACUGGGCCCUCUCCUCCAAGCCACCCAGUCCAAGCUCACGUAUCGACAUAUCCGCUGACCAGGAAGCGAUUAUCACCAAUGGCAACAUCAAAGCAACCGUAUCCCGGCGAGGUAAGGUAAUUAUUUACGACUCAAAGGGAACCAAACUGCUAGAAGAAUAUGCUCGCCAUCGCCAGGACCCAAUGGAUCCCAAAUGCAGUGCGUUGACAGUCGAAGCCCGCGAGCUGCGUCCAAUACUAGGCGGCGACUAUCACCUCACUAUGCGGUUCGAGUCUCUCGAUCACAAAGAGAAGAUCUUCGGCAUGGGGCAGUACCAGCAGCCCUAUCUGAAUUUGAAAGGUACAGAUCUCGAGCUGGCACACCGGAACUCCCAAGCUAGUGUUCCUUUUGCGGUGUCGUCGCGUGGUUAUGGGUUUUUGUGGAAUAACCCCGGUAUUGGAAGGGCGGUGCUGGGGACCAAUGUUAUGAGUUUCGAGGCCUACUCGACUAAAGCUUUGGACUACUGGGUUGUGGCGGGUGAUACGCCCGCGGAUAUUGAAGAAGCUUACGCUAAAGUCACGGGCUAUGUCCCAAUGAUGCCAGAAUAUGGCCUUGGGUUCUGGCAGUGCAAGCUCCGCUAUUGGAACCAGGAGCAGCUGCUCAAUGUUGCGCGCGAGUACCGUCGUCGCAAGGUGCCACUGGAUUUGAUUGUUGUUGACUUCUUCCACUGGAAGCAUCAAGGAGAAUGGAGCUUUGAUCCAGAGUUCUGGCCAGAUCCGGACGCCAUGAUCAAAGAGCUCAAAGAGCUCAAAGUCGAACUAAUGGUCUCCAUCUGGCCGACGGUCGAGAACGCCUCCGAGAACUUUCCUGAAAUGCUCGAGCAGGGUCUCCUCAUCCGUCAUGACCGCGGCAUGCGCGUAGCAAUGCAAUGCGACGGCGACGUCACCCACUUCGACGCAACCAACCCAGCCGCCCGAACCUUCAUCUGGGACAAAGUCAAGCAAAACUACUACGACAAAGGCAUCAAAGUCUUCUGGCUCGACGAAGCCGAACCCGAAUACUCGAUCUACGACUUCGACAUCUACCGCUACCACGCUGGCAGCAACCUUCAGAUCGGCAACAUCUAUCCGAAAGAGUACGCGCGCGGAUUCUAUGAAGGCAUGGCCGCCGAAGGCCAAACAAACAUCGUCAACCUCCUCCGCUGUGCCUGGGCCGGCAGCCAGAAAUACGGAGCCCUAGUCUGGAGCGGCGAUAUCGCGUCCUCGUGGAGCUCGUUCCGCAACCAGCUCGCUGCAGGCCUGAACAUGGGACUGGCAGGUAUCCCGUGGUGGACGACUGAUAUCGGCGGUUUCCACGGCGGGAACCCGGAUGAUCCUGCUUUCCGUGAGCUUUUCACGAGAUGGUUCCAGUGGGGAGCUUUCUGUCCGGUUAUGCGGUUGCAUGGGGACCGGGAGCCGAAGCCCGAGGGACAGCCGACGGCUAGCGGGGCAGAUAAUGAAAUCUGGUCGUAUGGGGAUGAGGUCUACGAGAUCUGUAAACGGUAUAUUGAGAUUCGGGAGGAGCUUCGGGGGUAUACGCGGAAGUUGAUGCGGGAGGCUCAUGAGAAGGGAACGCCGGUGAUGAGGACUUUGUUCUAUGAGUUCCCAAAUGAUAAGCGGGCUUGGGAGGUUGAGACUCAGUAUAUGUUUGGGUCGGAGAUCUUGGUUGCGCCUGUUUUGGAGCCCGGACGGCAGAGUAUCAAUGUAUAUCUGCCGGCUGGGGUAUCGUGGAGCCUCUGGGACCACGACAAGCCCGAAAUUGUAUUCGAAGGUGGCCAAGAUGUUGGGGUUUGGUGUCCUAUUGAUUACAUGCCUGUGUUUCGCCGUAUAUAG